AUGUCCAUGAGUGGUCCCAUGGCCCGGCCUGUGGAGCUGCCGGCCAGGACUAGGCCAGGGCGGAAGCCAAUGCCGGAUGCAGUAGUAGCAGGCCAAGACCGCCGCCGUGGGCAGAACCGCGAGUCUCAGCGUCGAUAUCGCGACAGACGCAAUGAGAAGCUCGACGCCAUCGAAAAGGUGAACACCGAACUGAGGGCCGAUCGUAACAACCAAGAAUCAGCAAGACGCAAAGCCGAAGAGCAGCUCCAGAAGUCAGAAUCCGCAAGGCGCGCGGCCGAAGCUCAGGUCGAGGAGUUGCAGAGGCAAGUGGACUCGCUCCAGAACCAGGUGAACUCCCUCCGCCUCCAACCCCUUCACGCGGCACAGUCGCCUCGCGGUGCAUCGAACUCCUCUCCGGCCGAUCGAGCAGAUAGCGGCGCCCGGUUCGAUACCUCGGAAGACUUCUUGGAGAAGGAUUUCACCACUCAAUACAAAAGUGUAAGCGAGCCCUGCGGCUUCUGCACUGACGUCAACAACUGCGCGUGCAUAGCCGCCAAGCAGCCCCCGAGCGCACCUCAAGCCGGCGGAUGCGACGACUGUCUCGCCAACCCGCUCCAAGCAGCUGCUUGCCGUAGAAUGGCAGCGUUGGCCGAGACUCCUAGUCCUCGCAGUAUGGGAGCGGAGAGCAGGAUUCCUUGCUCGGAGUUUUUGGGACGGGCUAACGAACGGGGCCUCAUGUCACGAUUGCAGGAGUUGGAGCCUGCGCGGUUGAACCCACGGCAUUUGGAAGGUGGGCGGUGGGAGACGAGUGAGACGGAGGCGGCGAAUGCUUUGACGCUGCUUCAGGCGAGCAAGCCGGCGAGGAAGUUUACCUUUUAG